AUGUCCAUCCUUGAGAAAAUGUCUACAGCAGAUCUGAUGGAGACUCUGAGGGAAGAACUCACUUGCUUCAUCUGCUUGGACUAUUUCAGCAGCCCAGUGGCCACUGAGUGCGGGCACAGCUUUUGUCUGAUGUGUCUCCUCAAGAACUGGGAGGAGCAUAACACACCGUUGUCUUGUCCUGAAUGCUGGAGGACAUUGGGGGGCCCUCACUUCCAGCCCAAUGAGCGAUUGGGGAGGCUGGCUAGCAUAGGCAGGCAGCUCAGAACUCAGGUUCUGCAGAGUGAGGAUGACGCAGGCAGCUGUGGAAGGGUGGUGGCAGCCACUCGUAUAUUCUCUGAUGAUGAGCAGAGUGUCUCCACUUUGUCAGCUCAAAGUCAUGCAAUAAACAGAGUGCAUCUCUCCAGCGAGAUUGAGGAGCAACACAAAGAGAAACUCCAAGAAAUCUUAAAUCUUUUGCGUAAAAAGAAAAAGGAAGCUCAAGCUGUCCUGACACAUGAGAAGGAGAGAAUGAUACUGUGUAAGGAAGAGACAAAGACUUUUAAGCAGGUCGUCGUGCCAGAAUAUAUGAAAAUGCACCAGUUCCUGAAGGAAGAGGAGCAGCUCCAGCUGCAGCUUCUAGACAAGGAGGAGAGAGAGAACUUGAAGAAACUGCGGGAAAAUGAAGUCAAGCUAACUCAGCAAGUCAGACCCCUAACCAAAAUGAUCGGGCAGAUAGAGUGCAUGUAUCAGAACUCAAAUUUAGACUCUUUUGAGAUCCUGAUGAAGAUGAACACUUUGAUACAGACUGUAGGUGAUUGUCAUCUAUUAGGUGGGUGUAUAAUACCACUUACUUAUCAGUUCAGAUCUACGGCAGGGAGGAGCGAGUCACGGCUGCUUCAAUGUCCAGAAGCCACCACCACACAACUGAGUCAGUGCCGCGUCACUGGAAUGAGGGAGAUGUUAAGAAAAUUCAGCACAGAGAUCACUCUGGAUCCAGAAACAGCCAACGCGUAUCUCCUCUUGACUCAGGAUCUGAAAGUGAGAUAUGGAGGAAGCAGACAGCAGUUACCUGACAACCCAGAAAGAUUUGACCAGUCCGCGACUGUGUUGGGAGCUCAGAUCUUCACCAGUGGGAGACACUAUUGGGAGGUGGAAGUGGGAAACAAGACAGAGUGGGAAGUGGGCAUCUGUAAGGACUCUGUGAGCAGAAAGGGGAAUCUCCCCAAACCCCCUGGAGACCUCUUCUCACUUAUAGGGUUAAAAAUUGGAGAGGAUUAUAGUCUGCGGGUCUCAUCACCUCUGAAAGGGCAGCGUGUCCAAGAGCCUGUGCAUAAGGUUGGCGUCUUCUUGGACUAUGAAUGUGGACAUAUAGCAUUUUACAAUGUGACAGACAAGUCCCUCAUCUACAGUUUUCCUCCAGUUUCUUUCCAAGAUGCACUCAGGCCUAUCUUUUCCCCUUGCCUCCCAAAUGAAGGGACAAAUACAAACCCUCUUACCAUCUGCUCCCUGAAUAGCCACAACUGAGGGACAUGUGCCCAGGCCUCUGCUGAGGAGGAGGUCCAGGAUCAGCAGAUGACUGUUCAUUAAGAUGAUGAGUGCAUUGCAGAUCUUCAUAUCGGGUUAACUGAAAGAAUUCUCCCUUCCCCCAAGACUCUCCAUGAAUCUGAGCCCACAGCGAAAACCCAACUAGAAAAUGAAGUUCAACAUCAAUAAGAUAAACCUGAUCAUAUCCUGGGUCUCUAACCAAACUCUCCAUCUAGACUGCUGCAUGUAUUUGUGGAUCACUCCAAAUGUACACCUAGAAAUCGCCCCUAUUAUCUUGAA